CAGAUACAGACACAGAUACACACAAACACAGAUACACAGAUACACACACACACACGUGCACAUUCACAUUCUGCGGCCACUGCGUUCGUAGCACGUGAACAACAGCAGCGGGUCUUGACAACGUCGACGGUUCUGUUUGUUGCUGGCCGCUCGAUUGUUUCGGCCCGUUGCUUCUUUUUUGUUUGCUCAGCGAGUGCGCAUUUAAAACGAAGGGAUAUCGUUCAGCGGCUUAGUUAACACUUAAAAGCAUCGAAAGUGCAAUCAUCACAUCAUCAUCACCACCAGUAGGGCUAGGGCUACGAGUCUCUAGGUGAGCUGCUGUUCAAAUCACGUGGUCUUAAGACGGUCCUGCCGGCAGCUACUACCAUCACCAUCAUCACCACCAGUAGCGCUAGGGCUAAGAGUCUCUAGGUGAGCUGGUGCUCAACUCACGUGGUCUCAAGACGGUCCUGCAGGCAGCUACUACCAUCACCACCAUCACCACAAUCACCAUCACCACCAUCACCACCAUCACCACCAGUAGCGCUAGGGCUACGAGUCUCUAGGUGAGCUGGUGCUCAACUCACGUGGUCUCAAGACGGUCCUGCCGGCAGCUACUACCAUCACCACCAUCACCACAAUCACCAUCACCACCAUCACCACCAUCACCACCAGUAGCGCUAGGGCUACGAGUCUCUAGGUGAGCUGGUGCUCAACUCACGUGGUCUCAAGACGGUCCUGCAGGCAGCUACUACCAUCACCACCAUCACCACCAUCACCAUCAUCACCACCAUCAUCACCACCAGUAGCGCUAGGGUUACGAGUCUCUAGGUGAGCUGGUGCUCAACUCACGUGGUCUCAAGACGGUCCUGCCGGCAGCUACUACCAUCACCACCACCAUCACCACCACCAUCACCAUCAUCACCAUCAUCACCACCAGUAGCGCUAGGGUUACGAGUCUCUAGGUGAGCUGGUGCUCAACUCACGUGGUCUCAAGACGGUCCUGCCAACGGCGUGUGACUGCUUUAACUCCCCCCCCCGCCUCACAUCGUUGAUGAUUUGACAACAACAACAACGACAACAAAAUUAAACCGCCGAUUAAUUAACGAAUUCGUGAAUUAAUUUGCGCGAGAUGGCGAGCGACUCGAGCAGAGGGGCUCGCGUGGGAAGUGGUGGAGGCUGCCCCGUUGCGAGUCGUGCGAGAAGCUCCCCUGCCGAGUGGGGGGCUGUGGCCCCCCUCAAUAGAGAAGCGCAGCAAGAGCACGACCACCACCACCACCACCACCACCGGCACCACCACCACCACCGCCGUCAUCGCGACUCAGCACCCACACGGCGCUCCAGAAGUUCAUUCUCCAUUGCCAGCAUCCUGGGUCUGGUGGACACAGACGAGGUGGAGGAGGUGGAGGAGGGGGAGAGGAGGAGGAGGGGGGGGCGACCCCCCUCAAUUGUGAGCACGGGGACACCGCAGGGCGGGGGGGGAGGAGAGCGGCCCCCAUCACCUCGUCCACCUCCUCCUCCUCUUCCUCCUCCACCUCCUCCUGCUGCUGCUGCUGCUUCAUCCCGGAGAGAUGCAGACCGCCACGAGGCGCCAGACACUGAACGCGCGCGCGGCCGCCGGUCGGAGGUGGCCCCGUCCAGAGUGGGGGGGCCGAGGGGGCCGGGGGGGCCGUGGGGGCCCCCCCCGGGAGAGAAGGAGAGCUGGUACCGCAGCCGGAGACCCCGCACGUCCUUCAAGAAGUCACAGCUGUUGCUGCUGGAGCACGUGUUCCGUGCCGCUCCCUACCCGGGAAUCGAACUCGCGCAGAGCCUCUCACACAGAGUCGGAGUGGACGAGGAUCGCGUGCUGGUUUGGUUUCAGAACCGCAGGGCGCGCAUGCGCCGUGCGUACCGCGAAUCGCAGCUCCGCGCGGUGGCGACGGCUCUCGCUGGGGGGUCCGCCCCCACCCCGUGACUCACUCACUCACCUGUACACUCUCCUGUACACUCACUCACCUGUACACUCACCUGUACAC